AUGCGACCAAAAGACAUAACUCAAUAUCAGCAGGGUUGGCAAAGAGAGAUCGAGCAAAGCCUCACACUGCCAGCUCCAAAUUCUACACUGCUCCAAAUACUGUUCCAGUUCCAAAGAGAGCAAAAGUCAACCCUUAACACUGACAAAGAUCCUCAGAAGAGCACAAAUGAGAAGAACAGCAGCACUGACCUGACAAGUAAAAGGUCAGAGUGUGCUAAAGAGCUGCCCCUUCCUUACCUCCACCCCUGGCCCAUGCCCUCUCCCCCCAGGAACACCCCCUUGAUGCUGGGGCUGGUUCUGACAAAGAGCAGAGCGUUCCAGCAGAUGUUGACCAGCAUGAAGUACUGGGCCAGCAGGUGGGCCGCUUUCCACCAGGCGGACCACGCCGUCUUCUUCUGGUCUGCCUCCAGCGGAGCCUCGACCAGCACCAGCAGGGAGAUGCAUCUGCAGCAGCGCUGGCAGGAGCUGAGGGAGAGAGAGCUUACAGCCCAACAACACAACAGGCAGCUGCUGCAGCAGUUUGAAGAAGCGCAGGACACCCUGAGAGAGAUGUUGAGCCUUACUGCUGCCAUGAAAACUAUUCGGAUGGAGUAUGAACGGUACCUGGAUGAGAGCUCCCCCCGCUGGCAGAAGGAACUCAAGGAGAAAACACAGGCUGCUCAGAAGAAGAGGAUGGAGGAAUAUUUGAGGUCAUGUCUAAAGAACACAGAAGAUAAACUGACAAAGUCCUCAGCAGAUCGACCUUUACUUUCACAAGGACCUACUUCAAAGCCACAAAAUGUUGCUCCCCCUCAAAAGCACUGCAGCCAAAACAGCCACUUAGACUACAACCAACAUGGCUCCCCACAUCUCCCUUACACGCAAUCUUCCUGGCAGACCAACCCUCAAUCCCAAGCAUCUAGGUUUCCCAUCAGAGCACCCCAUCAACUUCAGGGUUCCUCUCAUGUCCCUCCAUCUUUCCUCCCACCAACCAUCUUCCCGGACCCAUUCCAGCUCCACCACCUCGGCUCUACUCCUGGUCAUCAUCACCCCUGGCCCAGGCAGAAUCCACCAGUUUGGUCUUCCUCGCAGCCCCACUACCCCUGGACUGCUGGUGCAGCUGGAAUUCCUUCAGGCUCUGAGGCUCUGUGGGGUCAGCUCUACACAGAGGAGCCUCCUACUGAGACUGGGGUGGCGCAGACUGCGGAGGAGGAGGCUGAGACAAGCAGAGCACCAAGCUCAAAGAGAGAGAGAGGUGGUGGAAGCAGGAGCAGUCAUUUAUCCCAGGAGCUGGACAUCAAACCAGUUCGUCUAUCCAGCGGCCAUGCAGAGAGCGGCGAGAGCAGCAUGGAGUGCAGUCAGGCGAGCACAGAGAAGAGGAAGAGGAGGGAGAAGAGAGGAAUAGCACGGCGUACCUCCUCAGACAGAGAAAGACGCAGCUCUCAGGAAUCAUCUAGGAUAUCCAGCGCCGUUGUCACUGCUGCAGUCACAGUGGCCCAAAGCUCAGAAAGUGAGGCCUCAUCAGAGAAAGGCAGGACGAGCACCAGGAGGACAAGGAGGAGUGGGGGACUUUCUGUUGGAUCACCAGGGGAUGAGAAGGAGACAAAAGGAAGGACCAGGAGCAAUGGAGAUGACUCAGGGAGUCACAAAGAAGAGACUCAGUCUGGUGAGGAGCUGGGGAGUCCAACUGAGGAAUCCAGGGGUGGAAAAGCAGGGGAUCAAAGUUCUGAUGUCAAAUCUGAGCGGUGUAAUGAGGAGUCAGGGUCCCAGAGGGAGGAGGAGGAAUCAGGAAGUGUAAGUUUAGAGAUUGAAAAUGAAGGUGGAGAUGAAAUAGAAAAGCAGGAGAGGAGCAGUGUAGGAGAUGAGGAUGAGGAGGAGCGUGAGAAAGAUCUGGGAGACGGUGAAGGAGAUGACAGUGAAGAAAAACAGAACAAUCAGACAGAUCACGAGCAAGAGGAGAGAGAUGUGGAAGAUGACGAUGAGGCUUCUGAAAAAAAGAAUACAACAGAGGAAGAAGAGGAGACAGGAGCAGAGGAAGAGAUGGAGGAGUCAGAGAGGCUGAAGAGUGACGGCGGUGAGAAAGGGAAACAGGGUCCCGCAUCUUCCCAGGAUGAAGAGGUGGGCGAGGACGCGAGCGAAGGAGGCGAGGAAAAAACUGAGGAGGCGGGGGAGUCCUAUGAAGAGGAGGAAGGGGAGCAGAGAAGAGACGAAGCAGGAGAACCAGAGGAGGGAGGAGAUUCAGAGGACAGCAUCAUCUCACCACAGGACAAAUCUAAAAUGAUGCACAUUAUUCCUGAGGCGGCAAGCGAAGAUGAGGAAGAUGAUGAGGAAGAGGGGAGUAAAACAGGAUCCUCUGACGGUGACUCAAAUGAGAUCAGCGAUGAGGAUGAUGUUGAGCAUCUACUAGCACCUCAACAACAAUCACAGAAAAAAGAAGCAAAGGACCUGAGAGCUCACGAGAAACCUAAAGCUUUUUGUGACAAGGUGGAGAUUUUCCAAGUGGAGUUGGACAAAUCGACGAAGACUGAUAACCCAAGUGACUCUGAUGAGUUUGACCAUUUUUAUGACUAAAUGUGUUGGUCUAAACUGCCUACACCUUCAGAAUAAAAGUACAAAUCCUUACCUUAGUCACUUAGAAUCAGGUAUUAGAGUAUUAUAUUAAAAAAAAGGAGUUGAAACUGUU